AUGGUCGAAUUUCUGAAGAAGCGAAUCAGAGGCAAGGUCAUCAAACGAGUCCUCUCGACCAGCUGUGCGAUUUCAUUCUGCCUCUAUGGAUAUGACGCCGGUGUUCUUGGCGGCGUCCAAGAGACGAAACCGUUCCUGGACGCUAUGGGGAAUCCUACAGGCACCUAUGUGAUUCCUAUGAUCGCCUCAGCGUACACCCUUGCUGCGACAGUCUGCUCUCUUGCCGUGACAGUCAUUGGCAUGCCGCUUGGGCGACGCAUGUGCAUUCUUCUGGGAAACCUGCUCGUCGUCAUCGGUGGUAGCCUCCAGGCAUCAGCAUGGUCUGUUCCUCAUAUGAUUGUUGGGCGCAUCUUUUGCGGAUUCGGCAUUGGUUUUAUAUCCUGCUCUAUUCCGACAUACCAAGCUGAGAUGAGCACAAAGAAUACAGAACGUGGACCGGAUGUGGCUGUUACUUGCGUCUUUCUCGUUUCUGGAGCUGCCAUCGCAUACUGGGUUGACUUCGGCUUCACCCGCAUGACCAACCAGAUUUCUUGGCGAGUUCCUAUUGGCUUACAAGUCAUUUUUGCCCUCUGUGCAGGAGGGCUGGUUUUGCUGCUCCCAGAUACACCUCGCUGGUACUACGCGAGAGGUCGAAUCAAUGAAGGCGACGAAACCAUUGGAAGAUUACUUGAUGCCCCUAUUGACGAUCCUCGGGUCCUGGAGAUCAAACACUCUAUCCUCGCAAGUAUCGCCCUUGAAGAAAGCUCUCCUGAGCGCGGCUUCCAGAUCACGGAUCUUUUAUGGGACCGCAGCGACUUGCGAGUUGGUCGGAGAAUCCGCAUCUCGUUCCUAAUUCUGGCCAUUCAACAAAUGAUGGGUAUCAAUCUAUCAGUGUACUACAGUACGGUGAUUUUCCGCCAAGUUGGCCUCUCGCAGUUCAUGGCCCAGCUUUUGGCUGCUUUGAUGAACACCCUCUUUGCUGCUGGCACGAUUCCGCUUGUCUACACGAUAGAGAAGUUUGGCCGCCGCAACAUUAUGAUGUAUUCAGCCGUCGUCCUCACGAUGUGCAUGGUCGUUUUUGUGGCUAUGAUUGGACUUCCAAAUCCCACCGGUGCGACUCAAUGGACAGCAGUUGGCGCCAUAUUCAUUUACAAUACAGUAUUUGGAUAUGGGUGGAUCGGCGUGUGCUGGCUUUACGGACCAGAGAUUGCACCUCUUAAACUGCGUCAUGCUGGGGCUGCGGCUGGUGCUUUCGGCGAGUGGCUUUUCUCUUUCAUAACCGUGUUUGCUGGCGGCAUCGCCCUCCAGAAUGUCGGUUGGAAGAUCUGGAUCUGGAUGGCUCUUUCUUGCUUCUUGGCCAUUUUCUUUGUGUACUUCAUGUGUCCCGAGACGUCCGGCAAAUCAUUGGAGGAGAUCGACUUGCUCUUUGCGAAGGACGACGUCAAGCAAAGUCUCCUGGCCCGCCAAGUCUUGUCACAGAGAAAACCGGACGAGAAGGGUACGGAGUCACCGAUCUGUAUAGAGUCUGCCUAA